ACAGACGCAGCUAACUGGCAAGGAUUUACCAUGAAGAUAUUCUCAUUACAUCCACACUUCCUUCCUCUUGUGCUCCUGCAUUUGGUGGCUGUAUCACACGCCAGUCAGGAUGACCUUAUAAUCAAUACUAGUCACGGGAAAGUUCAAGGGAAGUUGCUUUCAGUGCCUGGUGGUGAUGUUAGAGCAUUUCUUGGAAUUCCUUAUGCAAAACCACCUCUAGGACAACUGAGAUUCAGAGCUCCACAGCCAGCAGAGAGAUGGGAAGGGGUAAAGGAUUCCACUAAAUACUCAGAUUCCUGCUACCAGGUAUUGGAUACAGCCUUUCCAGGGUUCAAAGGUGCAGAGAUGUGGAACCCAAACACUCCUCUAAAUGAGGACUGUCUGUACCUAAAUGUCUGGUCCCCACAUUUCAACAAAACCCAGUCUCAGCCUUCACCAUUGGUUCCUGUUCUUGUAUGGAUCUACGGAGGCGGGUUUGCCAUGGGAACGUCCUCUCUGGACAUUUAUGACGGCCGCUUCCUGAGUAAAUCCGAAGGUGUUGUUGUGGUGUCAAUGAAUUAUAGACUUGGAGCUUUGGGUUUCCUGUCCCUUCCUGAUAAUGAGCAUGUUCGGGGCAAUGCAGGCCUUCUGGACCAGCGCUUGGCCCUCCAAUGGGUAGCAAAUAAUAUUGCAGCUUUCGGGGGUGAUCCUUCAACGGUUACUCUGUUUGGGGAGAGUGCUGGGUCAGGCUGUGUGGGCCUCCACCUGCUUUCCCCAGGAAGCCAAGAUCUUUUUCAAAGGGCUAUUAUGGAGAGUGGCUCUCCUAAUGCACCCUGGGGCACAAUUAGCCAAGCUGAGUCUUGGGACAGGUCCCUGAUGCUGGCAAAACUACUUGGGUGUUCCACAUUUCCUCCAGCUCAACUAGAAGCUUGUCUCCAGGAGGCUGAUCCUGCGACUAUCACAUCAAAACAAUAUGAAAUUUUCACAAAGCCUUCACUCUUGACCUUACCCUUUGUCCCUGUUGUUGAUGGGGACUUCCUUCCAGAUGACCUUGAAGUUUUGCAGAGGACCAGUAACCUCCCAAAGAAAGAUGUGCUGGUAGGUGUAAACAAGGAUGAAGGGACCUACUUCCUAAUUUAUGGAGUACCUGGAUUUGGCAUCAUUGAUGAGAGUCUUAUCAGCAGGUAUCAGUUCCUGCAUGGGGUGCAUCUUACAAUGGUAGACGCAAGUAAUGUCACAAGAGAAACGGCCCUUUUCCAGUACACAGAUUGGACAGAUGUGGACAAUAAGAUGAAAAACCGUGAUUUGCUGGGUAAUCUGGUUGGAGACCAGCUGUUCGUUUGUCCUGUGCUAGAGUUCACUCAAAGCUACUCACAACAUGGUGGUAAGGCUUUUUUAUAUUUAUUUGACCACCGGUCAUCCAAUAAUCCUUGGCCAGAAUGGAUGGGCGUUAUGCAUGGCUAUGAGAUAGAAUUUGUCUUUGGGAUGCCGCUGAAUGCUUCCCUGGGAUACACAAAGAAUGAAGUGAACAUGACCAAGAAGAUUAUGAAACACUGGGCCAACUUUGCACGGACAGGGGAUCCAAGCAUUGAUGGAGAUAACUGGCCCAUGUUCACCUCUGAAAAACAGGAGUAUAUCACUCUGAACUACAAGCAUCCAGAAAAAAAGAGCAUGCUGAGGGCUAAUGAGUGUCAUCUCUGGAACAAAUUAAUGCCAAAUAUACAGAAAGUCUCAGAUGAUCUGCGGUCCUGUGUUAAAGCAAAUGGGAUUAUACUCUGCUGUAAUUACACAUCCCUCAUCAUUUUACUGGUUUUUGGUUUACUGGUUUAUUAGAAGAAACUUGUCUUUCAUACAGUUUACAUAAAAAUAAUAGACCGAAAGAAUGAACAUGUUUUCAGUGCAAUUAUAAAAAAUGUAUGUAUUUUUCAAAGAAAUUGAUUUGUGCUAUAUUGAAUUCAGUGGUGGAAAACUUUUUUAUAUUACUGAUGUCAUAACCUGGCUCUUAACACCAAAGAGGCCACUGUCAUCAUGCGCCAUUUUAUGAACAUAUGGGCAGCAGCAUUUCCCACCAAGCCAACCCCAUGAGGAACCCACUUCCCAAACAACAACUGGUUCUUUAACAAAAAAACAAACAAAAAAAAACCUGGCAAAGUUAUUAAAUUUAUCAUCUCAUAAAAGAGGAACCGCAAAACAAAUCCACACCAUCCCAUGCCAUACUAUUAGGUUGCUUUCUGCUCAGAGAUCCCUGAUCCUGUCACCAAAGGCCCCAAACUGCCUCUCUUCUGACUUUACUGCAUUAGAAUGUGCAUCUUGGACUCAUACUUCUGACCUUAAAUGAUAAGUUUCAAUUAACUCAGAUGAGUCCAAGACAUUUGGCUCCCUUCAGUCUGAUCAGUUUCCUAGAUAACGAAACACGGAGAUGCAAAGGGAACCUCCUUUAGCUGCACACUAGAAUGUGAACAGUGUUAUAAACUGACUUGGUACACUCUUUUGGAUAAAGACUUGGAAACUUUGUUAACCAUGAGUUGUGUGAAAUAUCUAUAAGAAAGGUUGGAAUGUUUGAGUCAGACUGAUGAUGGACAUAUACAUAAUGAGUCACCUUGUCAAGAACCUUGGUGAAGCCAGCAUUCUGAAGAAGACCUGGCCAACUGAGAAGGAGCUCCACUCCCAAGAGCGAGCCCAGAAAUCCAGCAAUAACAGAUUUGUCCCAAGUUUUUAGCCCGGAACCAUCUUGGCACUCCAGAUCCUGCUCAACUCCGGCCCAAAGAGCCUCCAAACCAGCGCUUCUCCUCUCCUGGCCACAUGGAAGCUCCAAAGUUAAUGGCUAACUCCUGCUAACAGCUAAGUGCACUCUGGCUAACUGAUGUCUCAUGAAAACCUUAGUUAUUAGUUAUCACAUACCAAAUUAUUUUUCCUCUCCACAUUUGUGAUUAGACCACAGAAUUUAGAUAUAGAAUCAAGCAAAAUUUUUGACCAGAAUAAGCAUAUUCCACCACUGCUAAAAACAGGCUGGUCAUUCAUUCAUCAGAGAUGUACCAUUUUGCAUUACAUCUUUCAUCCCCAUCAUUUUCCCUGUAUACAUAUUGUCAAUAAACUUAUAACUGGCUUCAUUAUGUCAUCUUUGGGUCUCUCGUUUCCAGUACAGAGGUUCACUGGAAUGAUAAGGAUUCAUUUCUUUCAGAUUUAGACUGAUUUAAUUACUAUAACUAAUUGUUUAAUAGUUUGAUGGAACUAUAACCAUCUUGUGUCCCAAUCU